AUGAGUGAUGCACUAUUUGAACCAAAUCUUCGAUUACAACAUAAAGCAUUAUUUAUGGCAUGUACUCUACUUGACAUCAACGAAGGAAAAUUAACCGCACAUGUCGUCGAUGAUCAUCAGCGAAACCAGAUUACAAACAUACUAUGGAAAAACGGAAAUUUAUUUGAUCUUCGACAAACAUCGAAAAUCGACAUCAUUUUGAAAAAUGAUUUCAGCGAACAUUCAACAUCUCCGUGGUCUUCACCAGUAGUCCUCGUGAAUAAGAAAGAUGGAACAACUCGAUUCUGUGUAGAUUAUCGUCGACUCAAUCAAGUUACGACAAAAGAUGCUUUUUCAUUACCAAGAAUCGAUUAUAUUUAUGAUCAAUUAACAAAAGCAACAUAUUUUAGCAAAUUUGACUCCAAAGCUGGUUAUUUUCAAGUACCACUCGACAAAGCAGAUCGACCAAAAACAGCAUUUUCGACACGCGAUGAACACUUUCAAUUUAAAUUAUUACCACAAGCAUUAACCAACGGACCACCAACAUUUCAACGUAUUGUUAAUCAGAUACUUGGUCCAAAUCGAUGGAAACACACGUUAGCAUACAUCGAUGAUAUUAUCAUAUACUCACGAACAUUUCCUGAACAUGCACAACAUAUUGAAGAAGUAUGCUCAUUACUAAAUAAUGCAAAUUUCAAGUUAAAUAUAGCAAAAUGUGAAAUUGCACGAACCGAAAUAUUAUUUCUUGGACACAUCAUCAAACAAGGUAUAAUUCAACCUGAUCUAGAAAAUACUCGUGGUUUAGCAGAUGUUUGUGAACCAACAUCAGCCGAAGAAGCAUUUCGAUUCGUCAAAGCAGCUGAAUAUUAUCGAAAAUUCUCAAUCAUUGCAGCACCACUACACAAAUAUUCACCAACAACGUUACAAUAA